AUGACAGAUGCGGCCACGCACUUUUAUGAAAAGCAGUACAGUGUCGAUCCAAUUAAUGAUUCACCCGUUGAAGAUCUACUUAGCCACGUCCCUUCUAACCAAUUCUUUAGUGAAGCCACUCGAUCCUCCAUGACAUUUUCACUAGCAUUCGACGGUAUAUGUGCAGCAGUCGGCCGCUCCCCCCACUAUAGCAGCCCUGGCCCGGACAGUCGAGCUACUGUCUUGAACACGUUGAUUCUCUCCCGUAUUUGGCAUGCUCUUCGAAUAAAAACUGUCCUCAAAAGGUUCUUCGACGAACUCUGUUCCAUCUUAGGCCGUUUCCUCCGGCGGAAUAUGCUCUCUAUGGCGAUCCUGUCUUCUAUGUUUUCAGAAACUGCAAAAAGGCUUAGGCGUGUUGGACUCGCAGAUUCAACAGAAAGUACUGACUAUGCAAUAGCUACAACCGAUUCUUGA